AUGGCAGCCGCCGCUGCAUCCGCUGCUGCGCUCGAUCCGAGCAACAGCACGAAAAACACCCUGAAGCUUGAAAAUACCGAAAAGCGUGAUUCCCUCAUCGAAAUUGAGAAGAAAUACCAGGCACAAUGGAAGGAGAACAAGGUCUUCGAGGUCGACGCUCCAUCGUUCGCGGAGGUUCCCCAGGGCUCCAUGUCCGCCGCCGAGCUGCGUGAGAAGCACCCCAAGUUCUUCGGUACCAUGGCCUACCCCUACAUGAACGGUACUCUGCACGCCGGUCACAGUUUCACUGCCAGUAAGGUCGAGUUCAUGACCGGUUUCGCUCGCAUGGAGGGUAAGCGUGCCCUAUUCCCGCUCGGUUUCCACUGCACCGGUAUGCCCAUCAAGGCCUGUGCCGACAAGCUGCGCGACGAGGUGAAGAUGUUCGGCCAGAACUUUGAGGGAUACAAGGAAGAUGAGGAGCCCAGCUCCCCCGCUGCGCUUACCCAAGAGUUUAAGCCCGAGGCCAAGGCCCAGGCUGAGAAGUUCUCUGGCAAGAAGAGCAAGGCUGCUGCUAAGACGGUGAAGAUGAAGUACCAGUUCCAGAUCAUGCUGGCCAUUGGUGUUCCUCUGGAGGAUAUUCACAAGUUCGCCGAUGCCAACCACUGGUUGCACCACUUCCCUCCUCUUGCCGUCCGUGAUCUGGACAGCAUGGGUGCCCGUGUUGACUGGCGCAGACAGUUCGUCACCACUGACGCCAACCCUUACUACGAUGCUUUCGUCCGCUGGCAGAUGAACCGCCUGCACGAGCUCGGCAAGAUCAUGUACGGCAACCGUUACACCAUCUACUCGCCUAAGGAUGGCCAGCCCUGCAUGGACCACGAUCGUACCGAGGGUGAGGGUAUUGGUCCCCAGGAAUACACUGCCCUGAAGCUCCAGGUUAAGGAGUGGGCCCCCGAGAUCGCUCAGAUUGUCAAGGGUAAGAUCGAGGAUGAUGCCAAGGUCUUCUUCGUCCCUGCUACCCUGCGCCCCGAGACCAUGUACGGCCAGACCAACUGCUUCGUUGGUCCUAAGAUCAGCUACGGUCUGUUCAAGCUGAAGGAGAAGGAGUACGUCGUUGUCACCAAGCGUGCUGCUUGGAACAUGGCUUUCCAGGGCCACUUCUUCGAGAACGGUUACUUCCCCAAGACCCAGGAUGAGCUCCCUCUCGUCCUCGAGGCCCCUGGCUCUGCCUUUAUUGGUACUCUGAUCAACGCUCCUCUGUCCUUCCACAAGGAGGGCGUGUACAUUCUGCCCAUGGAUAGCGUCUCUGCUUCAAAGGGUACUGGUGUCGUUACUUCCGUUCCCUCGGACAGCCCCGAUGACUAUGCUACCCUGAUGGAUCUGAUUAAGAAGGCCGACUACUACGGUAUUAAGAAGGAAUGGGCUGAGAAGGAAAUCUUCCCUCUGAUUGAUACCCCCACCUACGGCAACUUGACUGCUCCCGCUCUGGUCAAGCAGCUCAAGAUUAACUCGCCCAAGGACGUCACACAGCUCGCCGAGGCCAAGGAUCUUGCCUACACCGAGGGCUUCUACAAGGGUACCAUGAUCGUUGGCGAGUUCAAGGGCGAGCCCGUCAGCGCUGCCAAGGACAAGGUCCGCCAGUCUCUGUACCAGAGCGGCGACGCCUUCCCCUUCGCUGACCCCAUGGGUAAGGUCGUUUCUCGCUCUGGCGACGAGUGUGUUGUUGCAUACCUCGGCCAGUGGUUCCUGAACUACGGUGAGAACGACGCCGAGUGGCAACAGGAGACCAUGAAUCACGUCGUCAACAAGCUCAACACCUACGCUGCCGAGACCAAACACGGCUUCGAGAAGAACCUGUCCUGGCUGAACCGCUGGGCUUGCGCCCGUACCUACGGUCUGGGCUCCAAGCUGCCCUGGGACACCCAGUUCCUGGUUGAGUCCCUGAGUGACAGUACUGUCUACAUGGCCUAUUACACCAUUGCCCACCUCCUGCACGGUGACCGCUAUGGCAAGACCACCGGUCCCCUGAACGUCACCGCCGAUCAGAUGAUUGACGAGGUCUGGGACUACAUCUUCACCCGUCGUGAGAUCAGCGACGAGCUGAUCGCCAAGUCCGGCAUCAGCAAGGAUGCUCUGCUCCAGAUGCGCCGCGAGUUUGAGUACUGGUACCCCCUGGAUGUCCGUGUUUCCGGCAAGGACCUGAUCCAGAACCACCUGACCUUCUUCCUGUACAUCCACAUUGCGCUCUUCCCGCCUGAGUACUGGCCCCGCGGCGUUCGUGCCAACGGUCACCUGCUGCUGAAUGGUGAGAAGAUGAGUAAGAGUACCGGAAACUUCCUUACCCUGAAGGAUGCCGUCGACAAGUUCGGUGCCGAUGCUACCCGUAUCGCCUUUGCCGAUGCUGGUGACGGUAUCGAGGAUGCCAACUUCGAGGAGGCCGUUGCCAACAGCAACAUUCUGCGUCUGUUCACUCUGAAGGAGUGGAUUGAGGAGGUUGUCAAGGACUCCUCUCUGCGCACCGGAGAGACUGAAGAUGCCUCUGCGAAGCUGUUUGACGAGCUAUUCAACAAUGAGCUGAACAGCCUCGUCCGUGAGACCCAGAAGCACUACCAAGACACCGACUUUAAGCUUGCCCUGAAAUCUGGUCUGUAUGACUUCACUGCUGCUCGCGAUACCUACCGUGAGGCUGCCACCGCUGCUGACGUUGGCAUGCACCGCGAUACGAUCCUGCGCUACAUUGAGCUGCAGGCUCUGAUGCUUGCACCCAUUACUCCUCACUGGGCUGAGUAUGUCUGGCUCGAGGUUCUCAAGAAGCCCGAGUCCAUCCACUUUGCAAAGUUCCCCACCGUUCCUGAGCCCAAGGUGGACCUCACUGCUGCCCAGAACUACGUCCGCAGCACCGCCUCCAGCAUUCUGUCCUCCGAGGGCCAGUUCACCAAGCGUCUGUCCAAGGGCAAGGCUUCCAACUUCGACCCCCGCAAGCCAAAGAAGCUCACGAUCUUCUAUGCCGAGAACUUCCCCGCCUGGCAGGAAAAGUAUAUCGACCUGGUGCGCGAGGCCUUUGACUCUCUGACCGUCACUAUCAACGACAAGGAGCUCAACGCCAAGGUCGGCAAGUUGGGCGAGAUGAAGAAGGCCAUGCCCUUCGUUCAGACCCUGAAGCGCCGCCUGGUUACCAGCCGCGAAUCUCCCGAGUUCGUCUUCGGCCGCAAGCUGCCCUUCGACGAGCUCAAGUACCUGGCCGCUAUGAUCCCCGGCCUGAAGCGUACUUCCGGGUACAAGGAGAUUGAGCUGAUUGCCGUUGAUGAGGGUGGCAAGACUGGCAAGGUUGUUGGCACCGGCGAGGCUCGCGAGGGUCUGAAUGCUGAGAAUGCUGUGCCUGGUCAGCCUUCCUUUACUUUUGCUAACGUUGACUAA